AAUCCUGGGUUCCCGUCGACAGAAGCUGGGACUUCUUCAUCUGACCAUUGUUGCGUCGCCCGGCUGCGCCGCAUUGACUUUCCCGCGAAUUGCCUGUUUACGGUCACCGUCGCUCAAGGGUGGUUCCCAGUAAUUAGACAGUACAGUCUCUCUGAGUCGCUGAGCACGAACCCCUCACUGUUGCGACAUCUCACACCCAACAGGGCGCAAGUGUCUGGGAAGAAUCAUCGCUCAUACCUGACCUUGAAUACAUCUACACCUA